GCUCCAUAUUUUCUGUAGGAUUUUUCUGACUGUUGGCUCGAGAAAGGACGAAACAACGGGACAAUUCCGUGAGGAGAAACGGGAGGCGAAAAUAACGAAAAAGAAGGCGAGAAAGAGAAAAACCUGAGGGGAAAAUAGGACGAGACUGGAAAAUAAACCUCAGCAAGGCGAAGAGGGUCCCGAGUUGUGUAAUUUAAACGUUACAUAUUGAGACAGUUUGAAUUCUCAACCGUCGUUUUCGUUUGACUGCAGGGAAGGAAUCGUCAUGACGACCGAAAUGCAGGAGAUCGCCAUCACGGAGGACAAGCCUUUACUUACGGGUCAGCCGGACGCCGUGAAGGAGGCUGAGAUUGCGGCCAGAAUACUGCUGGACCAGGGACAGGAGCACAGUAUCGAGACUCCCCACGGUCUGCUCCAUGUUACGCUGCAUGGGACAGGAAACAUCCGCAGACCGGCCAUACUGACCUACCACGAUGUAGGAAUGGACAGUAAGAGUUGCUUCUCCACUUUCUUCAAGUUUGAGGAGAUGCAGGAGAUUGUGAAGAACUUCACUGUAGUCCAUGUGGAUGCCCCAGGCCAAGAGGAGGGUGCUGCCCCCUACCCUCUGGGGUACCAAUACGCCUCCAUGGAUCAGCUGGCAGAGAUGAUUCCAGCUGUCCUGCAAUACUUCAAUUUCCGCUCCGUGAUUGGUGUUGGUGUUGGAGCAGGAGCUUAUGUCCUUUCAAAGUUCACGCUGAGUAAUCCAGACUCUGUUGAAGGUCUUGUUCUGGUCAACAUUGACCCAAAUGCUCGUGGCUGGAUGGACUGGGCGGCCCAAAAGAUCAGCACACUGACGUCCUCUCUCACCGAGCAGAUUCUCAGUCACCUCUUCAGUCAGGAGGAAACCUCGGGCAACACAGAGCUCGUUCAGUCACACAGAGAGAGAAUCUCUAAAGCCCCCAACCUCUCCAACAUCGAACUCUUCUGGAAGAACUACAAUAGUCGCAGGGAUCUGAACAUUGACCGCAACAGCACUCUCAAAUGUCCUGUCAUGCUGGUGGUAGGGGACCAGGCGCCAUAUGAGGAUGCUGCAGUGGAGUGCAACAGCAAACUGGACCCAACUACAACCUCAUUCCUGAAGAUGGCUGAUGCUGGCGGGAUGCCACAGCUCACUCAGCCCAGCAAGCUGACUGAGGCUUUCAAGUACUUCAUCCAGGGAAUGGGAUACAUGGCUUCGUCCUGCAUGACCCGCCUGUCUCGCUCGCGCACCGCCUCCCUCUCUUCCUCCUACUCCAUCGAGGGCUCUCGCUCACGGUCCCGCACCCUCUCCCAGGGCUCGCAGGGCGGAAACCUGCCCCCUAGCCCCUCCAACACCAUGGAGGUGUCCUGCUGAAAAGGGAGAGAGAGAGAGAGAGAGAGAGAGAGAGGUGGAUGGAUGGAUGGAUGAAGGUGGAGGCACUGCUAUGAGAAAGUCAAAACAAAUCAGUCAUAUCCGUUCGUCAAAAGUACCAUGUAAAGUGAGCAAGAAAGAGAGGGCGAGUGACCUACACAGAGAGAGAGAAAAGAGAAACGCAGAGAAUCUCCUCUUACCAAACUUAAUCUCAUUCUCAUCAUACGAUUCGUUCAUCUCGUACGUUGGGGGAAAGCGAGAGCAGAGAGGUUCGCGGGGGAGUGAGAGCAAACGGCCGCGAGAAGCGACGUGGGGAGUGAAGGAGAGAAGAAAGCACCGUCUCUCCUUCCCUCUGUCAACCCGUCUGCCAGACGUUAGAGCCCUUUAACCUCUGCGGCACGGGCAGGGCCUGUAGAGAGAUCCAAAUGUAGUGUUAACCAAUAGUAAUACUUCUAAUAUGAAUAUUAAUUAUGAUUAUAUAUAUAAAUAAUGACAAUAACAAUAAUGUAAUAAAAAAUAACAAAUCUCUUAAUUACAUGUUGACAAAAAAAUAGAGAAAAAAAUGGAUAAUAGAGUAGAAAUACUCAUAAUGUGUGUAUGUCAACUUCUUUUUGAAUACUCUUUGGUGUUUUCUUUUUCUUUUCUUCACAUUAUUUGUAAUUUUGUAUUCUUUAAUUUUUCCAAUCCUGCUGCUGAGAUGAAGGCAGAGUAUUAUGGUCUUUACUUACCGGUCGUGUGGGCCUCGUGUGGCAACAGGUCUCGGCUGAAUACUGGUGUCUUUCAGUGGCAGCCAGCUCAUGUCUUCCAUUUGCCCUGUUUAGAAGGAAGCAAAAAAGAGGGUGGGUAAAGUAAAUGCUGUAACUAAUAAUUCUUAGUUGGUUUCAGGAAAGAAUGGGACGUUGGUAUGUUUGCCUGCUCUAAACUGCAUGCCUGAAUUCUUUCGCCCUUGUCAAGCUAAGCGUGUUUUUCUUUCUUUUCGAUGACGUGUGAGCAUAUGGAUCAUGGAUGUGUUGAGUUGUAUAAGGACAAAAGAGCAACAUGGGUAAAGGUUUUGAUUCUUCAGACUUCGUAGAGCUCUAUACUGUGCUUCUGUUCUAGGCUGCCAUUCCAUUUUCAGCCAGUAGGGGUCACUAAGUUGGUCAUCAUUGGUUUGAGUGGCCAGGUAAACACUUUUAUUGCUCUCAGCCAGCCCCUACCACUCGUAACUUGCUGGGCAGAAGGAUGGUCUGUCUAAAUCAUGAACAAAGUUUGAAUAAACACCCAUCUCUAAGCUAAUCCCUAAAUUUAUGAUGGAGCUAAACCAAUCACAGGUCCUACACUUUUGCAAAUAAAUGCCUGAGAACUCCAGAGCUAAUGAACCACAUUACAUUUAGCAACUGAUCCUUUUUCACCUACAGAUUUUUCUUUUCUUCCUUUUUGAUUUCUUUCUGUUUUGUUGGGACUGUGGCCUCCACCACUGACCCACUGUGAGCUAAUUCUCUGCUAAGCCACAUGUAACAAAAUAAUUCAUGUUUCAUGUCAUCCAAUUCAUUUUUUUUUAGAUAAUCUGUCACUGAUUCUGCUGCUAUUAGAUCAAUAUCGCUCAUAGAUUUCUCUGGGCAGAACAGAGAGUCAGUCUGAAUCAUGAACAAAGUUUGAACUUGUGGUAAAUUGUAAGCAAAUCACUUUGUGAUGGUAAACUAACUGCUAAGCUGAUCAUAAGUCCUACAAUUUCUCAAAUAAAUCCCCUAAAACGUCAGUGGUUACUGCUCCUUUUUUAGCAGACAUUUUUCUUUUUCUUACCUCUGUUUUCUUAGAGAUGCCGCCAUCACAGACUCUCCAUGGCUAAGCUAUUUCACUGCUAGCAACACAUAAUAAAAUAAAUUACCCUUUUUUAUCAUAUGUCACUGAUUCCGCUGCUAUUAAACCAUUAUCACUCACAUUUCUCUGGACAGAACAGAAGGUCUGUCUGAAUUAUAAACACAGUUUGAACAUGUGGUAAAUUUUAAGCUAAUCACUUUGUGAUGGUAUGCUAACUCUUAAGCUAAUCACAUACGUUGUUCGUUUGCUCAAAUGCCUGAAAGCUUCAGUUGUUAUGAACCAUGUUACAUUUGACAGUUAACACACAUUUUUCUUUUUCUUUCUUUUUUUUCUUUGUGUUUUGUUGGGGACACAGCUUCCUCCUUCAUUGCUAAUUCGCUAAGCAGCUGCUAGCCACAUGUAACCGAACAACAAAAUAAUGAAGAAAUAAAUCUUAUCAUAUUUCAGUCGUUCUGAGUUCAGAUCAUUAGUGAUAGAAUGUUCUGGACAGUAAAGAGAGUGAAAGAUUGAACAUGUGGUAAAUUUUAAGCUAAUCCCUUUGCGAAACUAUGCUAACUCUGAGCUAAUUCCUGUAUAUAGAGGGUAAACAGACUUGGCGUUGAAGUGCGCGACACAUAUAUUAGCCUCGAAAGCACAACUGGAGGGAGUCACUCCUAACAAUGAUGACUAGCAUUUCAACCUAUAAGGCCAACGAAUCCUUUGCUGCCAAAAUCCCCUUUCGCUUGCUAACCAGCCCCUACACUGCCAACAGGUUGUAGCUACUUAGCGCUUAACCUAAAAGCCUCUUUCUCUUCACGGAUAAUCAGCUGCUGAUAUCAAUAGCAAAUUGGCAUUGGUGGUCUCUGUCCCAGCUCCAAAGGUACUGCCUGAUAUCCUAAUAAAUUAGCCUGUUUUCCAAGAUGACUGUGACUAGCCAAAUGACUAGCCAGUAAAAUCUGAGACCAGUACUGUUUAUGAUUUGCAACAACGCCAUAAAUGUGUUGUAGAAGCCAUUAUAUUCAGCAUAGCACUGCCCUGAAACAUCGACCCUGUCGGACAAUGGUGAAAUGACUUUGCCGGGGAUCCCGUCCAAGACUUUAGUGUUUGACGAGCUCGUUCUUGUGCUUAUGUGUCCAGUUAGCUUGUGAACUGUCUUUAUAGGAGUCCUUUCCUUUGUCCACUUUAGUGUUUGAGGUUGGAGCAGAAGAACGUUGACUGUUGACGUGAGUGGGCCGGGCACAAGGUAUCGUUUGAGUCCGUCACUAUAGGAACGCGCCUUCAAUAAAGAAUGCAGUUACAGCGCUUAAAUACCAGAUGAUGACGUUGACUCCUCUCUGAUUUCCAUUUCUAAUUAGUCUCUACCAAAAAAAGGGAAAAAGGGGGUCGGAUAUAGUUUAAAAAAAAACAAGAAGGGACAAAGUGUCAAAGUUGGGGGCGGAGCUGAGUGAAUGUAAAUGCUCGUCCUCUUGUUUUUUAUUUUACUCCUUUUCUCUGCAGUCAUACCGAUUUUUAAUCGUUUUUUUUUCUGUUGUGCUAGGUUACUGUCUCAGUGUUCUCACAGGUUAGACAUCAGUGUGCUAGUUGUUGUGUAAUCUUUUCUAGCAUUAGUAUUUAAAAAAAGGGGGAUAUUAAUAUUAUUAACAAAAAAAAGAAGUUUAAAAAUGUAUAACAAUACAAUCAAAAUUCCUUGUGUGGCUAAUUCUGUGUAAUACGAUGAACAGCUGAAAAAAAAAUAAUAAAAGGGAUACAAAUCA